AAUUUGAAUAAGUUAUCUCUAUCAACAAAAAAAAUGGCUGAACAAGAAAGCAAAAAUGAGAAGAUAGUAACUGAAGGGCAAUGGACUACCGGUUUAUACGAUUGUCUCUCCGAAGAUAUCUCUACAUGCUGCUUUACAUGGUUUUGUCCAUGCGUUGCAUUUGGGAGGAUCGCUGAGAUCCUUGAUAAAGGAGAAACAAGUGAAGGACUAGCUGGAUUAAUGGUGGUCGCAAUGUCUAGCAUUGGGUGUGGAUGGUACUAUGCUUCAAAAUACAGAGCCAAAUUGAGGCAUCAAUACUCUUUGCCCGAGGAGCCUUGUGCCGAUGGCGCCAUUCACUUCUUCUGCUGUCCAUGUGCUCUUUCUCAGGAACACCGCGAACUCAAACAUCGAGGUCUUGAUCCUUCUCUAGGGUGGCAAGGAAACAAUGAGACAGGAAGAACAAAUACCAAAACGCCGCCGUUUGUAGCGUCUGGCAUGGACCGUUAAAGAACAUCAAAAAUUAAUGCAAGUAAUUGAACUCCAUGAUAACUAAAAAAAUAAAUAAACCAUGUUUUAUAUAUAACUGGAUUCUGGGAAAUGAAAUAUAUAUUCUUUAUGAUAAUAUUUUGUUUGUAAAUAUAUUCUAUGUGUGUGAAGUUGCAACCAUGCAAAUUUAUGAUGAAAUGUAAUCUUAUGCUUUAUUAUAUAUAUAUAUAUUAACUAAUUUCUAUAGAAUUGAUCAUUAUAUUGGCUUCCCAAUGCGAGUAAAGUUA